UUGUGCGCUGGUGUAACUAUGCAGCGGUUGCUCUUUCCGCCCUUGAAAACCUUGCUGGGGAGCCAGAGUGUCCGGCUUUUGGUUCCUAAGGCGGCGCCUAGAACACAGUGUGGUUGCAGCUGUGGCAUCAGACGCCCUCUGAGGUCAGGGCAGUACAGCACGGUCUCUGAAGUGGCUUUGCAAUCUGGAAGGGAAACAGCGUCCCUUCCCUCAAAGGCUGCUGAUCGGGUGGUGGGCCGAUGGCUCCUGGUCUGCAGUGGAACGGUGGCUGGAGCAGUUAUUCUUGGUGGAGUAACUAGGCUGACAGAGUCUGGCCUCUCAAUGGUAGACUGGCAUUUAAUAAAGGAGAUGAAGCCACCUACAAGCCAAGAGGAAUGGGAAACUGAAUUCCAAAAAUACCAGCAAUUUCCAGAAUUUAAAAUCUUGAAUCACAACAUGACGCUGGCAGAAUUCAAGUUCAUCUGGUACAUGGAAUACUCACACCGGAUGUGGGGUCGCAUUGUAGGCCUUGCAUACAUCUUACCUGCUGCUUACUUUUGGAGAAAGGGCUGGCUUAACCGUGGCAUGAAAGGACGUGUUCUUGCUCUCUGUGCCUUAGUCUGCUUUCAGGGUCUGUUGGGAUGGUACAUGGUGAAAAGUGGAUUAGAAGAAAAACCGGAUUCUCAUGAUAUCCCUCGGGUCAGUCAGUACCGCCUUGCCGCCCACCUAGGAUCAGCCCUUGUUCUUUAUUGUGCCAGUCUGUGGACCUCACUCUCACUGCUACUCCCUCAGCACAAGUUGCCUGAAACCCGCCAGCUCCUGUGGUUGAGACGUUUUGCUCAUGGAACAGCAGGUCUCGUGUUCCUUACAGCUCUCUCAGGGGCUUUCGUGGCAGGCCUAGAUGCUGGACUUGUUUAUAACUCCUUCCCCAAAAUGGGAGAGUCCUGGAUCCCGCAGGACCUCUUUACCUUUUCCCCCAUCCUGAGGAAUGUUUUCGAGAAUCCUACCAUGGUGCAGUUUGAUCACCGGGUUCUGGGAAUCACUUCAGUCACUGCCAUUACAGCACUCUACUUCCUCUCCCGAAGGAUCCCCCUUCCUCAGAGGACCAAGAUGGCAGCAGUGACUCUGCUGGCUUUGGCAUAUAUGCAGGCAGGCUUGGGCAUUAGCACUCUGCUGAUGUACGUUCCAACUCCUUUGGCUGCCACUCACCAGUCAGGUUCCUUGGCUCUGCUCAGUGGUGCUCUUUGGCUCAUGAAUGAACUCCGAAGAGUCCCAAAAUAAUUCUCAGAAGAUCAACUUCCUAGGCUUGAAACUACUUGUGAGAGAUCAUCAGAGAGCACAGAACUUGGCUUUUCUGCAAGGAUGAUUUUGGAUGCCAACUGGUUUCCAAAUUGGUCAUUUAAAACUCUGCCUGUUUUGAGACAGUCACUGGAUCAAAAACAUCGUUAAGUAUGAUUGCACCAAAUGUUCCUUUUUAAAUCUUACUUUUCAUAUUGCAAAGUAGGAUAAUCGUGUAGAGAGAAAUAUCUUGCCAUUUGUGGCUUCUUAACAGACUAUGUUUCAAUUUUUCUUGGUUUUGGUAAUCUUCUGGUUAUAGGUACAUGAUUUCUGUGUCCUUGUGUUCCUAUGUCCUGCCCUCUGGUAGAGGUCAGGCUGGUGGAGAUGAUAGUCAUAGACUCUAAACUCCAGCUAAGGGGUUAAACUGCUGCUGAGUGCUGGCCUAUUGCUAACGCCCAGCAAAGAAGCCACAUACCUGGAUUUUUAUGUGAAACUUUAGUUAAGUGUUGAAAAGUCAUUUUAGGUUUUCAGAAAUGUUUUGCAGGCUUAACAAGUUUGGGAUCCAUCCAUGACCUGAGGUUGCCAUUUGCAGUUUCUGAACUAGAUGAUCUCGGUUCCCUUUCAACUCAAAUAUUCUAUGAGUUUUAAUGGGACCUGUAUUGUACCAUUUUCAAACGUUUUUAGCAGAACAAAGAUAGGCAGACUUUUCCAUACUCCUAGACCCUUGUGGGCUUAAGCUAUUACUUAGACUUGGUCCUGAACUUCUCUUGCAUUAGAAUCUUUUAAAAACCUCAAAGCCCAAGACUAAUCUAAGACCAAUUAAAUCACAUCUUCUGAGAGUUUUUAACUUCCUCAGGUGAUUCCAAUGUGCAUAUAAGCUUGGGAACUACUGACUUAGGUCCUCAUAGCCUAGGUACCUUAGGAAGUUCUGACUAGCUUAUUCCCAUUCCUUCUGAAUUUCCACCCUGCCCCCAUCUCAUUUAAUCUGCUAUGUUGACCCUAUUAGUGUGUGGGUGUGUCUUUUUUGGCUACUGGGGAUUGAAUUUAGGGGCACUUAGCCACAUCCCCAGCUCUGUUUGGAUCUCACUGAGUUGCUUAGAGCCUCACUUUUGUUGAGGCUGGCCUUGAACUUGAGAUCCUCCUGCCUUAGCCUCCUGAUCCUUCUAGAUAGAAUUCUUUAAUGGGAACUGCGGUCACUGGCCCAGAUUCCCAUACAAUUUUCUCCUUGUCAGCAAACUCAGCUUGUCCUUAGUUAAUAACUGAGACACCAGAAGACAGAAUGAUCCAACUCAAAAGAACUAUAUGCUAAUCUUUUACAG